AGAGAUAGUGAAACGAAGAAGACGAGGGAAAUUGAAACCCCUAAUAGCCGUUGAGAAUGAACUCCUCCUUGAUACUCCGUCGCUAUCUUUGCUUCAGCGGAGGAGCAACGACAGCAUCAUCUGCUUCUCCUUCAAAGAAGAAGCCUCUCGUGUUCCUGGGCUCUCCUCAGGUUUCAGCGACUGUUCUUGACGCACUUUUCAACGAGUCUGCUGCUCCCAACUCCAUUUUCGAGGUUGCAGCAAUUGUUACUCAGCCACCUUCCAGAAGAGAGAGGGGUAAAAAGCUGAUGCCCUCUUUGGUAGCACAGUAUGCUCUCGAGAGAGGCUUCCCUUCUGAUCUUAUUUUCACCCCUCAACGUGCUGGAGAGGAUACAUUCAUAUCCAGUUUAAAAGAGUUGCAGCCUGAACUUUGUGUUACGGCAGCAUAUGGGAAUAUUUUACCUAGCAAGUUUCUUAAUAUUCCACCUUUGGGCACUGUCAAUAUACACCCAAGUUUGCUGCCCCUUUACCGCGGAGCUGCUCCGGUUCAGAGAGCGUUGCAGGAUGGUGCUAAGGAAACAGGAGUGUCAUUAGCAUUCACUGUUCGUCCACUGGAUUCUGGACCUGUCAUAGCCUGUGAGAAGCUGGCAAUUGAUGAUGAUAUUAAGGCACCAGAUUUACUUGCAUUGCUGUUUUGUGAAGGGUCUAAACUUCUGAUUCGUGAACUUCCUUCAAUAUUUGAUGGAUCUGCAAAGAUCAAAGCACAACCCCAGGAUGAUUCUAAAGCGACCUUGGCUCCAAAGAUAAACCCUGAGGAGGCGUGGCUUUCCUUUGAUGAAGAAGCUUAUGUCCUGCAUAACAAGGUUCGUGCAUUUGCAGGGUGGCCUGGAACUCGAGCGAAAGUUGCAGUUGUUGACUCGAACAAUGUUGAUCAAAAUGUCCUAGAACUUAAAAUCAUCACUACAAGAGUAUGCUGCAAUAGCCUACUCAACGAAAAUGACAACGAAAACAUCAGUUUCAUCAAGGGUGCUUUGGUAUUUCCAUGUGGAGGAUGGUCAGCACUUGAGGUAUUGGAAGUCCAGCUUCCUGGAAAGAAGGUAGUAAGUGCAGCUGCAUUCUGGAAUGGUCUGCGAGGAAAGCAACUGAAGAAGUUAACACAGGAGGCAUUUUGCUGAAUGAAUUCAUCAAAUGUCGUUUUGCCAGACAACUAGCAUCAUAUUGAGUUGUUUUAUUACAUUUUUUUAAUUAUACUUUCUCUAAUCAUAAUUUUUUUUUUCUGCAAA